UGCUUCCUUUCUCUCUCUCUCUGAACGCAGACCAAAGCCCAAGCCAAUCCUUCUCAGCUGCAGCAGCAGGAGACGCAGUAAACCACAAAGCAAUCAUGGCGGACGAAAGUAUCGAUAUCAAGGAUGAGGUGGCAGAGCUUGCCCCCUUUGAUCCAACAAAGAAGAAGAAGAAGAAGAAGGUGGUGAUACAAGAGAAUGCAGAUGAGGCAGUCGAUUCCCUGGCUGACAAGACUGAAUCUUUGUCAGUCUCUGAUGGGCUUGAGAGUUCUUUUACUGGUUUGAAAAAGAAGAAGAAGAAACCUGUUGAAACCAGUAUGUUGGAUGAGGAAAGUGGGGUUGCAGGAGAAGAUUUGGAUGAUCAUGCAGGAGAGGAUGAAAAAGGGGAGGGUGCUGACCUGCAGCAGCAGCAGCAACGAAACCCCUGGGAUGGGACUGACCGUGACUAUGAGUACGAGGAGCUUCUUGGCCGAGUUUUCAACAUUCUGCGUGAAAACAAUCCUGAGCUUGCUGGUGACAGGCGAAGAACUGUGAUGAGGCCUCCUCAAGUUCUUCGUGAGGGAACAAAGAAGACUGUUUUUGUGAAUUUCAUGGAUCUGUGCAGGACAAUGCAUCGGCAGGCAGACCAUGUCAUGGCUUUCCUCCUUGCUGAGUUGGGUACCAGCGGAUCCCUUGAUGGGCAACAGAGGUUGGUUGUCAAAGGGAGAUUUGCUCCCAAAAAUUUUGAAGGGAUCCUUCGUCGAUAUAUCAAUGAGUAUGUCAUUUGUCUUGGUUGCAAGAGUCCUGACACCAUUUUGUCAAAAGAGAAUCGUCUCUUCUUUCUCAGAUGCGAGAAGUGUGGUUCUGGACGAUCAGUUGCUCCAAUUAAAGCUGGUUUUGUUGCUCGUGUUGGCCGCAGAAAUACCGGGACAUAAGCCUUUAAAAGCCAGGAAUUGUGCGAAUUAGCCGAUAGAUCCUUUUUUGUAUUUGCUGUCAAUCAGCCACUGCUUGCGUGAAUUGUGACAGCUACCUGAAAUGCUGUCAAUUUAUGAAGUAUACAGAUGUUUCCUAAGAUGGUUACGUUGUUUCUGGGACUUUGUACUGGUUUUUAAUUUAUAUUUCAAGAGAUGUUUGGAUAA